AUGAACAGCUCACGAUAUGAAGAACAUGUAUUAGCUACAGUAUCUGGGAGAUCAUCAUAUCCUAAAACUAAUAAUCCAUUAUAUUUUAAUGAUUAUAAAAAUGAUAUAAUACAUCAAAAGUCUAUUCAAAAAGUUAAAUUAUUACCUGAAUUUCAAUAUCAUAAAAAUCCUAUAGAGAUUAUUAAAGGUCAUAAUUAUGAUGAUGAUGAUGAUGAAGAAGAAGAAGAAGCAGAAGAAAAUGAUUCAAAUGAUCAGCCAAAUGAUCAUUUAAUUCAUACAGAAUUAUGGCGUGAAAAAUUUGGAGCUAUUACUAAAUGGAGACAUGAAGUUGAUAAUGCUAUGUUAGCUGGUGAAACAGAAAUAAUUCAUACACCAGAAACUAUAUUACAUAAUAAGUGUGUAAAAGAAAAAUUCAAUAUACCAUCUAUAUCUAAUCAACAGGAUACAAUGAAUUAUUUACAACCAACCAUUGUACCAGUAAAUACUUUUCAAUCAAAUGGAUUAUAUUCAUCAAUAAAUGAUGUAGAAAUAAAUUAUUCAACUACUUGUACUUGUUCAACAGUACAAUCUUAUAUAUAUAGUAAACCAUUAAUUAGUGGUAAUGAAACAAAUGGAACAAAACAGAAUAUAUUGUAUUCAUCAAACAAUUUGAAACUAAACACAUAUCAAAUAUCAUUGACGAAGGAUAUGAAUUUGUAUGAUAAUGUAGUACCAAAGUACUAUCAGCCAACAAGUCAUUCUGUACCAUCUAAAGUUGUAAUCAAUCCUAGUGGGGUAACAAAUGAUCAAACUUAUCAAUAUGAUAAUAAUAAUAUUCGAUUAGAGAAUUCACAACAGAUCAAUUCAAAAUAUCAACCAAUGUGGAUUAAAGCACCUAUACCUCAAUUAAGACUUUCACGACAACGAUCAAAUUCAGGUAACGCUGUUGUUUUACAACCUAUUCAACAAAUAGAAAAUUUUACAAAUAUACCAAAUUAUUAUUCAUCUAAUAACCCGGUUAAUUUAACAUCGAAUAUACAAGGAUCAAUUCAUCAUUCAUAUGAAUCAAAUAUUCCACUUCCUAAUAUGAAUUCACCUAUCAAUCGAUAUAAAACUUCAACAGUGAAAUCAUAUCGAAAUUUUCUCACUCCAAAAUUAAGACGUAAAACAUAUGAAUUGGAUAAAACAGAAUCUAUCAAAUUGAAACAAGAUGAUUACAAGCCAAUAAAUAUAUUGCAAACUAACUCAGUUGAACAACAUUCAGGAAAUAAUAAUUCAAGAUCAAUAAAUGAAAGAAAUAACCAAUUUAAAAAAGUCGUCCCAUCAACAUCUUAUACUGAUGCGCUUAAUUUGGCUGUUGCUGCUAAUACCGCAUUACAUGAAGCAUUUAAUCAGUCUAUAACUUCAACAGAUUCAUGUCAGAAAACUAAUUCAACUAAUCAAAAUACCCCGGUAUCUUUCAAACAACCGAAAUUCAAAACUACCUCUUCACCGGUCAAUCCAACCUCUUUAACAAUAAAUAAUGAAAGAUCUUCAGCUGAAAUCAGUUUAACACCAAGUGAAUCAGUAAAAACAGAACAUAAAAAUAAUACAUGUCAAUGGACCAAGAUUAAUAAUAAAUCCAGUUCUAAAUUAUUAAUAAGUGAAAAAUCAGAUGAUUUAACAGAAACAAACACAGACACUAGGCGGAUACCUGGACGUCUUAGAUCAAGUCUUCGUCAUGCUGUUACAUUAAGUCCAUGUCGACGUAAACCAGAUGCAACUUUAGAACAAUGUAAUAGUCCAUAUCUUCAACCAAGUCCAUUAGCUUUAAGUUCAGGAUUUGUAUCAGCUGGAUCAAUUGUGAAUGCAGUUGAAGAGUGUACUGAAAAAAUGAAUAAAGAUGGAUUUGCAGAAACUUUACCAAAAGUAAAAACUGUUCCUCCACCAGUUGGUGUUCAUGAUUAUCCUAUUGUUACCAAUUUAGAAAAAGAUUUAAACACAAUUGACAGUUUAAUUAAUGAUACUUUAAAUAUUCAUAUCAAUGAUAUUAAUCCACAAACAAAAUUAAAUCAAUCUGAAUUAUCUAAUCAUUCUACACAAAAAUCAAAUGAGCAACAACAACAACAAUCUAAAUUUAAUAAAUUAUUACCAUUACAAACAUUACCACCAUGUAAAUUAUUACUUGGUCGUGUAGCAUCAAAUGAAGAUAUUUGUAUUGAAACUGAAACACCAUUUUCAUUUAAUAUAGCUGCAACUGAUAAAGAAAUUUGUAUAACACGAGUAGCUUCAGUUGAAGAUUUAAAAUGUCAACAACAACAACAACAACAAUAUGAUCAAUUAAAAGGUAACACUAAUAAUAAAUCAAUAAAGAAAAAUCAUAAACGUAUACCCAUUAGUUUAAGAUUAACAUUUGGUUCUGAAUCAAAACUUAAUAAAUCUAUAUUAAAUUCUAAUGAGAAUGAUCAUUUAAUGAUUAAAAAUUAUCGUUCAAUGUAUUAUGUUGAUAUACCACAAGGUAUUAGAACAAAUGAAUUAAAACGUAAAACAAAUCAAUUAAAAAAUAUAAAUAAUAAUAAUAAUAAACAAAAUAUAAUACGUUAUAGUUUACCAUGUAUUACAUAUUGUGAAGAAUUACCAAAACCAAUUUCAUUAUUACCACCAUUAGUUAUAGAUAAGAAUCGAUGAUUCUUUAUAUGAAAUACCAUUUUUCUAUAUCAUUGUAAUGAUCAACUUAUAAAUAAAUGAUCUUUAUUCAUCGAUGGAUGAUAACAACAACAACAACAACAACGACCGCAACAACAACAAAAUGUCAUACUGAUAAUGAAAUAUCUUUUUUUUCAUUGAAUCCUGUUGAUGAUGUAAUCAUGGUUGAUUAGAUGAUAGUAACUGGCGUAAUAAAUAUGAAAUAUUGAUUUUCGAAUGUAAUUAUUAUUGCAUUCAAAAACCA